UCCUAUGAAAACAGAGGUGGGAUCAUGACACAGGAGUAGGCUGUUUGAUUUACAUGCACACAGGUAGGAUCCAUCCAGCGCGUCACUGGAACCAGGUGCGUCAGGUAGACUUUCGUACCCGGAAGGAAAUAGACUAAAAACAAGCGACUCUUUAAAGGCAGAGUCAUGGGGAGCAACCUGCAGGAGCAGUUCAGCGACCAGUUCAACGAUGUGGUUUCCAGACUGCAGUCCAAGCAGUUGUUCCAGUCUGACUGGGACAUCGCCUCUUUUGCAGUCUUCUUCAUCUUCAUCGGUAUGGUUCUGCUGCUGGUCAUCCUGGUCCUCAUCCGCUGUUGCUGCUGCUGCUGCUGUGAUGAUGAGAAGCCUCGGAGACAGAAGGUCGGCAUAGAGAACAUGGCUCUGGAGCCCUGACAGCUGAACUGCACUGAUCCACGUACAGUGAAGGAUGAUGAAGCUAGACACAGAGCCUUAUAGUUUCACCCCUGUGCCAAAGCAGAAAUUUUAAUUUUACUUGUCUGUAAACAACACAUGCUCUUGUUCAAAAAUCACUUCUAUGGGGGCUUUAUUGCUAGGAUACCACAGAGCAGCUGGAAACACUGAGCGCCUCUGUAGAUUAGAAUGUCCCUUCUUCUUAUUUUGUUUGUUGAAAGCAUGUUAACAUUUCAAUGAGAUGGUUUUACUUGGUAAUAAAUAAAAAUAAAGUACUUAAAAUGUAA